UAUGUGCUCUGUCAGUACCCAUCUUCUCUCACCAUCCUAAAAGCAGAUUUGUCCAGUUGAGACAUGUUACGUUUUUUGUGUAUAGCAGGGGCGCUAGGACCGUGAGGGAGAGCGCCUCUAAAUGCAUUUUCAGUAACAUUUUCAGACAGUUAUUUGUAAGCGCGUUUGAGCCGGAUAGCAGUUGAAGCGACUCACACAGACGGACAGUCACUUUGAGUAGGAAUUAAUAUAAUCCAAUAGUUGACUCUCAUCAAUAAACUUUGCUUUGACCGAAUUGAUUAGGACACGUUAUCAAAGUGGGGACUCGCUCUCUGCGGGACUGUGAAGAGAGAGAGAGAUAGAUACCUGUCACACUGAAGCGAUGGGGGAAAUCUGGAGAAUUGAUAUGCCCGAUAUUUUUGAAGGGGGCGAAAACGUGAAUUGGAUUUAAACACAGACUAACCUUUUAACAAAAAGUGAGUUGAGUAUACUGCCUCCCACCCAGCACUAUUCCCCUGUAUUGGUGCAACUCAAUAGUGACAGGGCAAGGUAAACAUCAUCUGUUGUCUUUGGGGUCUAACAACAACCCAACGAGUGGACAUGGCACAGUACCACAUUCACUCAUGAUGAAUGUGGUUGGUGAAUGACAAAAGACCCAGUGAGGGGGUUUUCAGGACAAAGCUCUGGCCCUGGGAAGCAGGUUGUUCUCAGAAUUCCAGAGCCUUCACUCAAGGGUCAAAGAUGAGAUGAAGAAUGCCGACAACAGCUUUCAGUGUUUUGCUCAAUGACCAUGUAUCCACAUCCAAACUCUGGCCUGGCUCAUCUCUCCAUCUUAGUCCUGCUCCUCUCACUCCUCCUCCCCCUCUCUCUGCCAUCUCGAGCCCCCCCUCACCAACACCCCGUCCACCUCCCCUCACUGGUGCCCCAUGCACCCCGGCCCCUCUCCCGCUCUCGCUUUAGUUCCCAGACUCAACUGGACUUCACCACUCACUGCAAUGCCAGCUGUUACCACAAAGGAGAGCAAGAGAGCAGGCGAGAGCACCUGACUGAGCAGCUGGCAUUCGAGACGCUCUAUGCAGAUGGUUCUCGUACCCUCACCACUGUGGAUGUGGCGGAUGAGGAUAAUUAUGAGGGCACCAUCAGUCCUGCCAUUCAACCUCCACCAACAAGAGGACGUAGAGUUAUCAGUAGGCACAGGCGUCAGAAAAGACAGAUCUACGGGGCUGAUGGGCGCUUCAACAUACGCGGUGACCACUUCCUGUUGGACUACCCAUUCUCCACAGCUGUGAGGAUCUCCACCGGCUGCACUGGGGUCCUAGUGUCUCGACUCCAUGUCCUGACCGCCGCCCACUGUGUGCAUGAUGGGAAGGACUACGUCAAGGGAGCCCGUAAACUGAGGGUAGGCUUCCUGACUCCUCCGUACAUCAACGGCACCAAGCCCAGCCAGACCCCCACCAAGAAGCCCCUGGUGCGCUGGGUCCGGGUCAAACGCACCCGUGUCCCAAAGGGCUGGAUCCAGGGCCCCCAAGAGGUCAGCAUGGACUUUGACUACGCCCUCUUGGAGCUGCGCUGGCCCCACCGCCGGCCCUUCAUGCGUCUGUCUGUGGCUCCCUCCUCUGACGACCUGGCAGGGAAACGCAUCCACUUCUCUGGGUUUGACAGUGACAGGCCUGGGGAGCUGGUCUACCGCUUCUGUCCUGUGGAGGACGAGUCUAACGACCUGAUCUACCAGCACUGUGAUGCCCGGCCGGGGGCCAGCGGCUCGGGAGUGUACGGCCGCGUGUGGGACACGGCUCUGGAACGCUGGGAGAGGAAAGUCAUCGGCAUUUUCUCUGGACACCAGUGGCUGGAGAUUGAUGGGGAGAACCGCGACUACAACGUGGCUGUGAGAUUCACCCCGCUGAAGUUUGCCCAGAUCUGUUACUGGGUGCAUGGGAACCGAGUGGACUGUAGUCAGGACUGAGAGAGAAGGGGAGGGGGGAUGGCCUAUAAAAAAGAGGCUAUGAAGUCCAUGACAGAUAACUAUUUAAAGUAAGCACAAAAUCCUUUAAAGGAGAUGUGGAGAGGAAAUUACUCCCCAACUCAGUUUUUAAAAGGGUAAGAGUGAAACUGGAUUUAAUCCUAAUAAAACAUCUACAAUACUAUCGAAGAAAACAGGACUGCUCAACCUUCAUGCACCGUAACAGGUUUCCCUUGGAGGUGUUAACCACUGUGACUAGGAGCCUUGCUGUUUUAUAACUAUGGUAGCAGCCAUUAACUUUAUACUUUGGAAUAAUAUUGAACAGCUUUAGCCAAUGGAGCAACUAUUGGAUAUAUAUAUAUUUUUUAGAUAUAAUACUCUCCCAUUGUUCUCCGUAAUACUGUGGCUGCAUGUUUUCAACAUUUAGGAUCAAAUGUGCAGGUGUGGAGUUGAUUUUACAAAGAGAUGUGGGAGGGGGCCGCUUAUUUGUUUAGGUAACGUCACUUAAGGAUGUGAAUGAUUUUGGAAAGUACGGGGACUUCUCAUUCUGGGUCAGAAAGACACCUGUAAAAUAUAUACACUCGGCCCCAAUGGCCCAGAGGCAUAUCUAGCCACACUGACAAGAUACAGCGCCUCGAUACACCAAACAUGUCAAAAAGGGUCAAAGGUAUCAAUGGUGAAAUCAACAAAAGUCAGACUCUGAAAACCUAAGGGAGUUUCUUACUCAAUGCUGGCAGCAUAAACUACUUGCUUUCAAGCGGGUUAGGGGGUGAAAAUCAGAAUGGUGAUAUUUUUUGUAAAUGCCGAUUUUAAUAAAUAUUUUAGUUUAUCAUUAAUGCUUGUGUCAGUUAUGGAAACCAACAGGUAUACAAAAAAUGAGUUGCUACUUGCUACUGUAAAAUGGAAUCCACUUUUCAGAGUUAGAGUGCCCUCAUGUGGUCAGUAUGUAAACAUUUAGGAUACAUGAUGCCAUUGGUCUUUAAUUUUUUUUCAAUUGGACAGUUUGACAAUAAAACUCAAUCAAGCGGAUGUUAAAAGGUAUACAUUGCACAGAAGACCAAGUUCAAUUUAAAAUAAAAGUAUCACUAACUUCCCAGUGUAAGCAGGUUCCUGAACCAACCAAACAUUUUUUAUUUUAUUUUACCUUUAUUUAACUAGGCAAGUCAGUUAAGAACAAAUUCAUAUUUUCAAUGACGGCCUAGGAACAGUGGGUUAACUGCCUGUUCAGGGGCAGAACGACAGAUUUGUCAUUCUUGUCAGCUCGGGGAUAUGAACUUGCAUAUAACUCGGUUACUAGCCCAACGCUCUAACCACUAGGCUACCCAACUAAGUGACAAUUUAUUCAGAUAUUACCCAGACACUUAACAGUGAUUUACACAGGAAGCCCAUUCCGAUUUUUCGACCAAUUAUUGGCAAAAUAUUUUCUCACUGGCCAAAAGACCAAUAAUUAGGCAAAAGAUCAGAAUUGGGCUGCCUGUAUAAAGGCAGCCAAUAGGAUAUCAAUAUUUUUGCCUAAAACACUCAGACAUCCACAUCUUCCAUUUGGACAGGCUAGAUUAUCAACCAUAUCAGCUCGUCAUUCCUCAAAACACAAAAGCUAGACAAAAAUAAAAGGCAGAGUACAAAGUUAGUUUAGUGCCUUUUUAUUAGAGAUAAGGAGACGAUACAAAACAUCCACCAUUCAAUACCAGUCUAAAUUCUGAACACAGGCUGUUCAAAUACGUCGCCCACGUCUUACCUUCACACUUCUAAACCCACCAGAUCCUGUUGUAUAAGGAAUGUGUUCCAUUACUACAUCAAUGCAAUGGUUUAUUUAUUUUAACUCAGAACUGGAAAUAAAAAUAACUGGACUCACUUAAAAAGUUGUGUAAUUUGCAUGUUCAACCCCCCCGCCCCCAAAUGAACCGUGCUCCCCCGGAGAACGUCGAUGCGUCACGUGCAAUCGAUCAAGCAUUAAUGGUCUUGUACUACACCUAGUCUCAACUACACACACUUAGAAAACUUAACUAGAAGUUUGGCAAAAAAGGUAGUUGUAUAAUUAAGAACAUUAUCUUGCUGGAGCCAAGUUGGAAUUGUAACAGUUGUUGCCCUGUCCCCUUUCUCUGCGAUCGUCAUUCUAGCGGAAUCCAGACAGAACAAAACCAUGUCCUCAAACAUUUACAUAUUUAGUCUUCAUAAUCAUCAUCCUUCAUCAAUUUUGUAUUUUUUUUUUAUUGAUCUUUUUAUUGCUUUUUUUUUGUGUGCGUUUUGUUCGUGUUCAUUAUGUUGUGUGAACUGGAAUGACAGGCUGCAUUUGU